AUGGAAAUGGGGUUCCCACGAGAAAUAGAACCCUGUGAAAAAUGGGAAUGGGGAGUGAUACGUCUCCCACAUCUUCGGUCGCCCGGAAUACUCGGCACGCAAAUAUCUGAGGCUGACGUCACAUCAAACAAAAUCGAAACAAGAGCAAAUAAGCUCGGCCUCACCUGCUCAAAUAAAAAGACAUGUAUUCCCGCCGCGGUGUCUGACUUCCGGCCGGCGUCAAGCUCUUCCUCCUCGGUGUCAACUCACUCGGAAGCGCUUAAGCUCGGCCUCCCUAGUGAUUCUCGAUCCUCGGACAUGGCUGACAAGGAAAAUCCACAACUCUCACAGGACGACCUCCUGGCUCAAAUCGCUGAGCUUCAGGCGGAGGUACGAAGAAUAGCCGAGCUCUCAACACAGAACAAUGGAGAGAACUCCAAGGGCUCGGCUCAAAGUCCGGCGGACCCUUUAAACAUCGUCCCGCCAAAGGAAAAGCUCACCCUUGACAACCCUUUCUCCGAGAAGAUCACAAACUACCAGAUGCCGAAAAACUUUACGCUGCCCACCGCGCUAGAACCAUACAAGGGGUUCGGCGACCCUCGGGCCCACGUGAAGAAGUUCCAAUCAAUGAUGUUUUUCAACGGCCCUAACAAUGAGCCCGUCCUCUGCCGAGCAUUCCCCACGUACCUAGAUGGUGCUGUGUUACUCUGGUUUUCUAAACUUUCUGCAGGUUCGAUUUCCUCCUUUGAAGACCUCGCCAGAUCAUUCAUUGAUUAUUUUGCUGCAUCAAGAAUCUACGUACAUGGCUCGGACUAUCUCGGCACCAUCAAACAAGGUCAGCACGAGAGCCUGAAAGACUACAUGACCAGAUUCGCUGACGCCACUAUGGAGAUCCAAGACUUGGACCCGGCCGUUCACCUGCAUGCUCUCAAGGCCGGCCUCAGGCCUGGCAAAUUUCGGGAGACCAUUGCCAUAACAAAACCAAAGACGCUAGAGGAAUUCCGAGAAAGGGCGGCUGGGCAAAUAGAGAUUGAAGAACUCCGAGAAGCCCAGAAAUCAGACAAACAACCGCAUCGGAGAGAUGAGGAAAGAACUUUCAGAUCGCCAGGCAACAGGGACACCAAGAAACCUCCUAAGCCCGCGUCAAAGUAUAACACAUACACCAGCAUUCAAUCUGCCACAGGGGAAACUCCCUUCAAAUUGGUAUAUGGCGCAGAAGCACUCAUUCUAGUAGAGGUCAGCAUCCCAACGUUUAGGACCGAGCUCUAUAAUCAACCAAACAAUCAACAAGCUCGGUCAGCGGAACUGGACCUCGUAGAAGAAGACAGAGACAUCUCCGCCAUAAAGCAGCGAGCCAGAAAAUGA